ACAGACUUUGUACCCAUGAGUGAUUGUAAACUGGAAGAAUAAAAACAUUCCUGUGUUCCUGGUAGUAGUAUGCGCAAACGUUUAACCUAGUCACCAUCCCAUAGCAAUCCGUCUGUAUAAAUCGCAUUCAUUUUUUUGCAGCCUAAGCCGGCAAACAUCCAACAGUAUAAAUCCUUUAAGAGUGUGAGUGAAUUGCAACAUCCAGAGAGAAAAUCUCAUCAUUUCAGUUUCGUUUCCCACUGUACAAAUGACCAACUCUCAUAUACCCAACUUGCCCGUGUUCGUGCAGACGGUUGACGGAUUCAGACACGAACCAGCAAGGUACAAUCCCUGUCAGCGAGGAUGGUACCAGGACGGUCGAAGACUGCGACCUGUAAAGACCUCCAAGGCCUUUAUAUGGCCAAAAGAUGGCAAGAAUGGGUCAUCGUGGGGCCGUAUAAAAGACGUUCUCCGCAACACUGGGCCUGAUAUAUACGUUGGGUUUGGUGCUCGUUCUAUAGACUGCGUAUCCAGCCGUCCCCCUCGAUCUCAAUGGGCUGGACAUCCCCAUCUUGACGAACCCGGCAUGACGUAUGGCUUCAACUCGCAAAAGUUCGCCCCUUGGACCAAGUCUCGCAUGCUCGGCGGACGACAGUCCGGCCUAAGCUAUGAUUUUCGAACCCGGAAACACGCCGAACCAAACCGAUCGACGUGGACAGAUGCUGUUUGGCAACAGGAGCCAUACAGGAACAGGAAGUCGAAUCGUUACCCAGAAGCCGUGCGAACGGUGAAUGGAGUCUGGUUCCAGGACACUCAGUACCUACCGCAGGUUUUGGGUAGCCACGUGGAUAACGAGUUCGGCGUCGGGCUUCCAUUUUACCACCUCAUUUGACUUUACUAUCACUACGUAAAGAUU